UACAAUUCAUUCCUUUCCCAUUCCUUAUUUAUCAAACCCUCCAAACAAGCAGCCCCUCACUACGCUCUCUUCUUCGUCUUCUUCCUUCCGCCUGCCCUAUUUUCCGUCGCUCCGCGUCCGAAAUCCUCGCCUUCGGCCAUUUGUCUUUACUUUCUACUUUCUCGCCGUAUUGGGAGAGUUUCGUGUUCACGUACUCUGCGAUCUCGAACUUUGUCCGUGAUCGGCGGCCGUGGUGGCCAUGUUCACCGAAGGGCUCGACCCGCACGCUCUCCGAUGGGUUCGCGAGGGCCAUGCUUCGGCGACAAGUGUGCAUCCGCGGAUGGAUCAGUUCGGCAACUUCCGAGACGGUGGAAGAGGGCUUGGGAUACCCCCACCGGAGAAAUUUCGGAGUGGUCACCUUCCGCUCGGCAGCAUUCCUAUGUCUCACGCUAUCCCGACUAGGGUAGAUAGUCAGUCGGGUUCUGACAUGGAUGAAACCUCCGAUGCUGAAGCAGAGAUCUAUGGGAUGCGCCAUUCUGUUGAUUCGUCUCCAGUGGAUGAGGUCUCUGGUAGGAGAGUCCCCAUCGGAACAUUCCGUCCUUCUGCCUUUAGCAACCGGUCUACAGGUCUUGGUUCUACACAGAAUUACUACUCUAGUGAUGGGUACUCAGACAUCAGCUCGUCAGUAGACACCACUAGGAAGCAGCCACAGCAGACAAGGAAGCUAGUUCAGUCAGAGUACAUGAAAGAGGAGGAUGAGGAAGACGGACUUUCAGACUCUGGUCGGAGCUCAGAGUUUUCCAGUCAGGUAGAAAGGCACAAUACUGGCGCUACUGCUCCUUUGAGAAGUGGCUAUGUUUCUGAGAGCUAUUCCUGCAAUGUGCCCCAGAGACCAAUUGCAAUUGAAAAUGCUAAUGCUGGGAAAGUUGGUAGGCAUUCAAAAUUCAACUACACUCACAAUGCUCCCUCCAUUGAGGGGGUUAGUGUUAAUGUGUCUUCUGAUAAGCUUGAUCCAUCCCCACGGACUGUUUAUCAUUCAAAGGGCUAUUCAAAACACGUUCCAUUGGUGGUGGAUCCUACAGAAAAGGCUGGUCUUUCUGACUAUCCAAGUGCUCCUCCUAUUCAUGGAUAUGACAAGGAUAUAGCUGAUGAUGCUUCAGAGCAAAUUGCUGGUGUGAGAUCUCCUGCUAAAUCAAAUGGCUCAAUUUUCAUGCGAGAGUCGAUGUUCCCUGCCAAUGCUAGAACCAAUCAGUCUGAGACAACCACCAGCUUACCACAAAGGAACUGUCCCAAUACUGAAGCUGCUAGAUCCUCUAGUUUGUUGCCAGCUCGUCUUCCAACUUUUCAUGCAAGUGCUCAAGGUCCCUGGUUUUCUGUAAUUGCUUAUGAUGCUUGUGUUCGGCUAUGCCUUCACUCAUGGGCUAGAGGUUGCAUGGAAGCUCCCAUUUUCUUGGACAAUGAAUGUGCUCUUCUACGAGAUGCAUUUAGUGUGCGCAAAGUUUUAUUACAAUCGGAGGAGGAACUUCUAGCAAAAAGAUCAUCGGAGCUUGUUUGUGAAGGUGCUGGUCCAAAGCCUAAAAAGAUCGUAGGCAAGAUGAAGGUCCAAGUUCGCAAGGUUAGAAUGGCGCUAGAUAUUCCCUCUGGAUGCAGUUUUUCAUCAUUGAGACAACCAAUGGUAAAUCUGGAGUCACUUAGGCUCCGUAUGUUGAAUCUGCAAUCAACUCUCUCAUCAGGAUGGGAAUCACUUCGCAAAGUUCGUGUUAUGCCCAAUCUACCAGCAAAUAGUUCGUUCUCAAGGCACAGUUUGGCUUACAUGCAUGCUAGUGCUCAGUAUAUCAAACAAGUAUCUGGAUUGCUUAAAAUUGGAGUUGGUACUCUGCGUAGUAGUAGUUCAUCAUAUGAAGUAACGCAAGAGACAUACACUUGUCAGUUAAAAAUAAAAAGUUCACCUGAAGAUGAUCAUAUUAGGAUGCAGCCUGGAUCCGGUGAAACACAUGUCUUCUUUCCUGAUAGCUUAGGCGAUGAUUUGAUCAUUGAUGUCUAUGAUUCCAAAGCCAAAUCUUGUGGUCGAGUAGUAGUACAAGUGGCCUGUAUUGCAGAUGAUCCUGUACAUGAUACUGUUCUUGUUCAUUUUAUCAGUUUUAACAUGAUUGUCAUACUGAACCUUGAAUUUUGUUUCAUGCAGAAUGAUAAACUUCGAUGGUGGCCUAUCUAUCAUGAACCAGAGCAUGAGCUUGUUGGGCGAGUACAACUAUACAUAAGUUACACAACUAAUCCUGAUGAAAACAAUGGCUUGAAGUGUGGUUCUGUUGCAGAAACAGUCGCAUAUGAUGUUGUCCUUGAAGUUGCAAUGAAAGUCCAACAUUUCCAGCAAAGGAGUUUACUGUUGCAUGGAUCGUGGAAAUGGUUACUGACAGAAUUUGCCUCCUACUAUGGGGUUUCAGAUUCUUACACAAAAUUAAGGUACCUUUCUUAUAUUAUGGAUGUAGCAACUCCUACAGCUGACUGCCUCACGUUGGUUCAUGAUCUUCUGCUACCUGUAAUUUUGAAGAGUCGCAAUAAGAACUCACUAAGCCAUCAAGAGAAUCGCAUUCUAGGUGAAAUUGAGGAGCAGAUUGAACAAAUUCUUGCCAUUGUAUUUGAGAAUUACAAGUCCCUUGAUGAAUCCUUACCCUCUGGAAUAUCAGAAGUUUUUAGGCACACCACUGGAUCUCCUGCACUUGCAUUGGUACCUGCAAUGAAACUAUUCACUCUUCUUCAUGAUAUCCUAACUCCAGAGGCUCAGCUGAAACUAUGCAGUCAUUUUCAGAUUGCUGCUAAGAAGCGCUCAAGAAGACACUUGCUUGAGACUGAUGAGUAUGUAGCAAACAACAGUGAAGCAAAUAGGAUGGAUGCUGUUGGUUUUGCUAAUGCUUAUCAGAAAAUGAGGACACUGUGCUUCAACAUACGGAAUGAAAUUUUUACUGACAUUGAAAUUCAUAAUCAGCAUGUGCUUCCAAGCUUUUUAGAUCUACCAAAUCUAUCUGCAUCCAUUUAUUCUGUUGAGCUCUCUACUAGACUGCGGUCCUUGCUUGUUACUUGUCCACCCGGUGGCCCUUCACAACCCGUGGCAGACCUUGUAAUUGCUACUGCAGACUUCCAGAAAGACUUAACAAGCUGGAAUAUCUGUCCUGUCAAAGGAGGUGUUGAUGCAAAGGAGUUAUUCCACUUGUAUAUUAUCUUAUGGAUUCAGGAUAAGCGCCUUGCAUUACUUGAGUCCUGCAAAUUAGAUAAGGUAAAAUGGUCCGGUGUUCGGACGCAGCAUAUGACCACUCCUUUUGUGGAUGACAUGUAUGAUCGAUUGAAAGACACACUGAUUGAGUAUGAUGUUAUUAUUUGUCGCUGGCCAGAGUAUACUUUUGUUCUUGAAAAUGCUAUUGCAGAUAUUGAGAAGGCAGUAAUUGAAGCGUUGGAAAAGCAGUAUGCAGAUGUUUUGGCUCCAUUGAAGGAGAGUUUGACCCCUAUCAAAUUUGGCCUGAAAUAUGUUCAGAAAUUUGCUAAAAGAAAUUCAGGCCUCCCAUAUUCUGUCCCUGAUGAUUUAGGAAUUCUGUUAAAUACCAUGAAAAGAUUACUUGAAGUCUUGCGACCCAAGAUAGAACUGCAGUUGAAAUCUUGGGGUUCUUGUAUACCUGAUGGUGGGAAUGCAGCUCCUGGUGAACGGCUUAGUGAAGUAACUGUGACGUUGAGAGCCAAGUUUAGAAAUUAUCAACAGGCAGUAGUUGAAAAACUUGUGGAGAAUACUCGGGCACAAAGCACCACAAAACUCAAGAAGAUCAUUCAAGAUUCAAAAGAUUCUGCAAUGGAAUCCGAUAUCCGUAGUAGAAUGCAACCCUUGAGGGACCUUCUGAUUCAGACUAUUAAUGAGCUCCAUAAAGUAUUUGAGGUGCACGUUUUUGUAGCAGUGUGCCGAGGCUUUUGGAAUAGGAUGGGCCAGGACGUUCUCAAAUUCCUGGAGAACCGAAGGGAAAAUAGGGCAUUAUAUAAAGGUGCACGAGUAACAAUUGCAGUUCUGGAUGAUACGUUUGCAUCACAGAUGCAACAAUUACUCGGCAAUGUUCUCCAAGAGAAGGAAUUGGAGCCUCCCAGAUCCAUUAUGGAGGUGCGUUCCGUGCUCUGCAAGGAUGCACCAGUUCAGAAGGAUUCAAGCUUUUACUAUUAGGCUGUAUAUAUCCGGCAACUAUAGCGAGCAAGUUGUAACUUUUCCGAGUAUUCUCAAGCAAAUGUCAGCAGAAAAGCACCGAGUUUUGAAUAACUUAAAGCCUUACAGUUAGAUUGUUUAUAUAUACAUAGCACAAACACAUCAAGAAAGCUCCAAGGAGGCUAUGAUCUACUUCGAACUCUGUAUCAGGUUUCUUAGGGAGAAAAGAAACGAAGAGAUUCUAGUAGAUUGUAUCAGUAGGCGGCUAAGUCGCCAUGAUAGUUUUCUAGUUCUCUAACGGUCCUACAAUCCGCUCGAGUAUUCCAUCUUAUUCAUUCGUAAUUAUAGUGCAUAUCGUCGACUAU